UUGAAUCAGUCACAACAGCCACUAAUCCUCCGCAAACAAGAGCGAUUUAAAAAGAAAACGCAAUUGCAGUAAUCAAUCAUUAUGAAAGCUAUAUAUGUGCUCACCUUGCUCGCCGCCGUCAGCUCUUUUGCCUGCAUCAGUGCUGGUCUCAUCGGACAUGGAGUACCUGUGCCCAUUGAAUUGGAGGAGCAUAGUCCACCUCAGUAUGAGUUCCACUAUUCCGUGCACGAUAGUCACACUGGUGAUGUAAAGGAUCAAUUUGAGCAUCGCCAUGGCGACUAUGUGACUGGGCGUUAUUCGCUUAUCGAGCCCGAUGGUCAGCGUCGUGUGGUGGAAUAUAACUCGGAUCCCUUGUUGGGUUUCACCGCUCAAGUGCAUCGGGAAGUGCCGGUAAUACGUCAAUUGCCAAUACCAGUACAUCACCGUUAAAUUUGGCAACGCAGGAAAAUUAAGCAAAACACACAUACUGGUACAUUUAUUUACAUAUGUAUGUAUGUGCAUACAUUCAUAUUAUAAGAUCUGUUCAAAAGCAUAUUGUAUACAUCCACAUCUGCCUACAUACGACAUAUACAUACCUACAUACUUACAUAUAAUCCAUAUAGAAAAAUUAUACACAGUUGUCCACAUACGAAAUAACUUCACCUGCGAGGAAAGGAAAAUUAUAGAAGCCCGUAUAUUUAGUUGUUGUGUUGAAAGAAAAAAAAUACUCUGUACAAAGUCUUAACUCUAUUCAUCUUCAUAGCUGAAACUGUAUAUUCUUAACUAUUUAUUACAAAUUUCGUAGUCAGAUCCGUACGUAUGAUACUUAUGUAUCCUUGCGAAUAUUAUUUAUGUGUGUAAGAGAAAUCAAAUUUCUGAAAUGCCAGGAUCGCAAUUGCAACAGUCUGAAAAUGUAAUGUGGACGACGUUUUACUCAUACAGUUAAAUAAAUACC